AUGUUGAACAGCGACCCAUUAGAGGGCUGCAGUAAACAUCGGCAGGGUGGGAAGAGGAAAGCUUCUGAUGCUGGAGAAGGACCAAGCAGGAAGCAAAUGAGGAACCAGGACCUGGUGGUGAAGGAAGACGAGGACAAGGAUGAGAGAGCUCAAUUUGAGGCCCUGUACCAGGAGCAGUAUCAUCUCGGUGAAGGAGGAUGUGGAUGCGUGUUUGCUGGCUACCGAAAAUCUGAUAAUUUGCAAGUUGCCAUCAAACACAUUCCUAAAGACAGCACGUGCUACAAAGAGAUGGAAAAGAACAAGCUGCAGCUGCCUACAGAGGUGUUCAUCAUGUUAAAGCUUCAUAAUGUCAAAGCAUCUGGAUCGGUAGGGUCAUCGGCUCCCAUCGGCCUAGUGGACUGGUUCGAUCUGAACCAGGAGUUGAUCCUGAUUCUAGAGAGGCCAGUCCCCUCCAAAGACCUGCUCAUGUACGUCUGGGACAACGGAGCUUCGCCGGAGGAAGAUGAGGCAAAGAUCAUCCUUAAACAGCUGAUCGAUGCCGCCAUCCACCUGGAGAACACGAACAUCUUCCACCGAGACAUCAAGAUGGAAAACAUCUUACUCGAGACCGGCUCUGGCGUCCCACGUCUCCGUCUGAUUGACUUUGGUUUGAGUUGUGUUGUGACGGAGAGAUCCCGCUACCAGGUCUUCUACGGAACACCUCAACACAUCCCACCGGAGUGGUACAGCACAAACACCUACACGGCUGGUCCCACCACGGUGUGGCAGAUCGGGGUCGUGCUCUUCGACAUGCUGCACAGACUCACCCGAUUCGACACCACCAGGUUCCUCGACAACGAGCUGACAGUCAGCAGGAGCUUGUCUGAAGAUUGUAAGGACCUCCUGCAAAAAUGCUUCACUGAGAACCCUGAGCAGCGGCCGAUGCUGAAGGAGCUCCGGUGUCACCCGUGGCUCCGAUAA